AUGGCCCCUCUUCAGGGCGACGACUUCCGCAACCCUAAACUCACUGGCCCUCGCGCCAGCAAGCACAUCCCAAGCGGCGGCCUCUUCUCAGCGUACUCCGAAGUCAAGAUCAAUGCCCAUCCCAGCAUAGUCUACGAUGCCCUACUCAACGUGGGCGACUACAAAGAAUGGAACAGCUUCGUCUACGAUGUGAAGAUCACGAAGAAUCCGAACCCACAUGGCAUCAGGGACGGCGCGCACAAGCGAAUCACGGGCGGCUCAUGCAUGAUCUUCUACCGGAAGCUCACGGAUAACCCACCUUACAAGACCGAGGUGCGGCAGGUCGUUACGUUGCUGGAGAAAUUGAAGCUGUCGAAGGAAGGGCAUCAGCUACCAUGUAUCACGAGGGUGCGGUGGCAGCUGGACAACGCCGCGAUCACGACGCCGGGCUUUCUGAUGCGGAAUGAGACAAUCAACGAGAUUGAAGAGGUGGGGGAUGGGACGACGGUGUUCAGGACGUGGUCAGUCUUCAGCGGGCCGGUUGCGAAGAUUGUGAGGAAGAAGCUGGAGGAGCCGUUCAGAGAUCGAACGCAGGAUAUGUGUAGAGAUCUCAAAGAGUGGUGUGAGCGGAAAGCUGUGAAUGGGGAGGCUAGUGGAAAGGCAGCAGGGAAGAGUGAAGGUGUAGUGAGCAUUUCCGACGCCGCUCAGCAGCCUUCGCAGGACCCACCACCUGGCGCGUCUCUCGGGGCGCCCAACGGCCCCGAGAAGGCAAGACUCGUUCCUUUGCGUCCAAAGCUUACUGCUCUGUCUCCUCGCACUUGCAAGGAGCACAGUGACCCUAGCGAAAGCACAGGACCUUCAUGCACUCCGGCGACGCAGUCUAGCGAGCAUGAAAAGACUCCAAUAACACCGAAGCGGAGGUCUUCGCCAGCCAAGGAUCCACCGAGCCCGAAUAAGAAGCGCGCAGUGACUCGUGAAGAUGAUGACGUGGUCAUGAAAGAUACCAACGAGCAGGCAAUGCUCCACCCCAAGCCGUCAAUUGGCACCUAUGGUACUGCCGCUCGUCCUCCACGCUACGGCAAAGCUGCGGAUCAUCGUCAACCACGUAAGACUAGCGACAGUUCUGCUCCUGGCAAGCAGUCCACGCUGGGUCAAGGCAGCGGGUGGCUUGUGACAAAGCCGCCGUCGGCCACGAAGCCAUAUGGGUCGCCAGAUGUGCGUUUGGAAACUCCGAAUACAACGAACGUUGAUCUAUCGACUACCCAACAAGGUGGUGAAAAGCCGCUAGCGAUCACUAGUUCCCUUGGAUAUCCACGGAUCCGUGAACUCUCGCAUGUUCAGGACCCGGCAGAGGUCAUCUAUCACCUGCAGAACCCGGACGCUGAGCUGCAGGUGCAUCCGUCGAGGCAUGAAGGACAGGACCUUCAACGUGUCCGGAUCCCGAGAGAGUUCAACGACCGCAUGGAAAGGCUUGAAGAGAGGGUUCGUGCAAUCACUCCCGAAAGGUGCGACAAGUAG